GCGUCCUCUAGGACUUACCCAGGAGGCAGCGCGCCACUCAGGACAGAAUGGCGGGCAGGCCUGCUGUUGCAGCGUCAAGCAAGUGGCUGGAAGGAUUUCGAAAAUGGUAUUAUAAUGCUGCAGGAUUCAACAAGCUGGGUUUAAUGAGAGAUGAUACAAUAUAUGAGACUGAAGAUGUCAAAGAAGCCAUAAGAAGGCUUCCCGAGAAUCUUUAUAAUGACAGAAUGUUUCGAAUUAAGAGAGCCCUGGACCUGAGCAUGAGGCAUCAGAUCUUGCCUAAGGAGCAGUGGACAAAAUAUGAGGAGGACAAAUUUUACCUUGAACCCUAUCUGAAAGAGGUUAUUCGGGAAAGGAAGGAGAAAGAAGAAUGGGCGAAGAAAUGAACUUGUGGUUGAGAUCUGUGCAUGUGCCUGGUCUCAGCAUAUUUUAAGAAGUUAUUUCUCACAAUUUGAGUUAUUUGCUCUGUAGAUGCCUCACUUUAAAUAAAUGUCUAUUAUAACCAUU